UAGUUACUGAGAAAAAAAGUGUUGUAAAGAGAAAAAAAAUAAUGGGCGUGUACACUGUGUUCCACUUUCCCUCACUACAUGCAUAUCAUUUCUCCCUGCUCCGUGAUUCUUGUCUGGAUACAUAUGCCUGCGUCUGAUAGCCCCUCCUCUGAAGUUAAGUUACACAUUUUUGAAGUCUGUGGAUCUGUGUCAUACAUUCCUCUAAGCGUGAAUAUCGGUUAAGGCAUCAAGAACUAUUUUCAGAUCUGCUGUCAAUAUUAACAGGAUCUGUAUUCCUGUCUUGAAAGCAGAAAUGACUACUAAAGGACACCCCGCUCCUCCCUUCACAACCCUGACAAUCAGCCGCCCUGCCAAUGGCAUCACUCAUGUCGAGCUUUAUCUACCCGAGAAAGACAAUGAAUUGAUCACGGCUUUCUGGAGUGAAAUGGUUGACUGCUUCAAUCAGAUAGCUGAAGACUCAGAGUGUCGUGUGGUGGUUUUCUCUGGGGCUGGCAAGCUUUUCACAUCUGGGUUUGAUUUUAUGGCCGUGGCCACUGAUUUACUGCAGCCUGAGGGAGACGACACAGCAAGGAUCUCAUGGAACUUUCGCCAGAUCAUAGUCAAAUACCAAGAGGCUUUCUCUGUAAUUGAAAAGUGUCCAAAACCAGUGAUUGUGGCUGUUCAUGGUGCAUGUACAGGAGGAGGAGGAAUGGAUCUGAUCACAGCAUGUGAUAUACGACUUUGUACACAAGAUGCCUGGUUUCAGGUUAAGGAUGUUGACUUCGGUCUGGUAGCUGAUCUUGGGACUUUGCAGCGCCUUCCCAAAGUUAUUGGAAGUCGAAGUCUGGUGAACGAGCUGACAUUGACUGGAAGGAAGAUGUAUGCAGAUGAAGCCAAAAGCUGUGGAUUGGUCAGCCGUGUGUUUCCAGAUAAAGAGACCAUGAUGGCUGGAGCGCUGGAGAUGGCAGGAGAGAUCGCUAGCAGGAGUCCUGUAGCAGUCCAGGGAACCAAAAUCAAUCUUAUUUUCUCCAGAGAUCACAGUGUUGAAGACGGCCUUAAGCACAUGGCCAGCUGGAAUAUGAGCAUGCUCCAAACCCAGGAUCUGAUGAAGUCAGCUCAGGCAGCUAAAGAGAAGAAAAGCCCUAAAGAUGUUGUUUUCUCAAAGUUCUGAAACUCUUUGGGAGCACCUAUGCUUUCGCAGUCCAGUUAAAAGUGUUAUGUUUUUAUAGGUCUUGUUAACUAUAUAACAAAGUUUGAUUUCUUGUUUUUGUGGGGGCUUUUAAUGAUUUUAAAUGUAAAGUUAACCAAAAAAUGUGUUACUAUGUACUGCGCUGCUUGGAUGACGAAUUGGAUUUUUAGUUCUUAGCGUCACACAGAAAGCUCUUUAUGCCCUGAUUUGUGUCUCCUUCAGGAGUUUUAGGAUUCUACUAAAGGUCACAAUAAAUGGUGGAGGUCUUAGGUCAUGUUUACAUGAUGAAAAAACAGAAAAGUUUCAUGUACACAUGAAUGACACCGUUGUCAAAACGAUCUGCAUUCAUACGGAUCUCGGAAAACAAAUAAAAAUGCCGUAUUAUGCAUGCCAGGCCACUGGAUGGCGAUGCGACUUUGUAAAGAAACACAAUGUGCCUGCUCACACAUACCCCGUUUUAAGCUUUUUAUGCUUUUUAUUCCCUUUGUUGGGGUGUAUGUGUGUUUUUAAGUUUGGUGUAUGUUAAAAAUAUGUAUCUGGUCUUAGUGGUGCAAUAAAUCUACUUUUUGAUGGAGUAA